GUAAUUUUGUAUUUUUACAGAUAAACAAUUUACAAUUUUGGCCCCACGGAACAACGCUUCGAUGCAGAUCCCGACUGAAAGGCUAAAAUCCCAUCCAGAUUCCGUUAAAAAACUCUUGUUGGACCAUGUUGUCCUCGGGCAGAGGCUGGACUUGGGGAUCGGUGCUGAUCUCAGUUUCACAACGCUCGGCGGGAGGACAGUAAACAUCAAGUCUAAGCCAGGUGGCUUGGUGGCAAACGGCGCAAAGGUUCAACAAGACAGAAUUGACGUUAUGAAUGGUCGAUUGAUUAUCCUCGAUAAUUAUCUAUUUCCUGAAGACAUUUCCGGAGAUCACAGCUUCCUUCAGGACAUGACUGAAGUUUUGUCUUUUCUCCAGGGAGGAGUAAGGGUAUUCCAACAUCUCUUGGCAAGAUCAAAUGUCACUAAAUUACUGGAAAAAGAUGAGUCAUAUACUGUUUUGGUACCAACGGAUCGAGCUUUCCAAAGAUGGCAUCCAAUUGACUGGGGUUUCUAUCCUUUCUCAGUGCCUGAGUUUACAGAAAGAGUACUUUCAAAUCAUUUUAUUAAAGGAAACAUUAAGCAAGAAACUCUUCCAAAUAAAUAUAAAGUUAAAACACUUGGAGGAGAAGAAAUUGAAUUUGUCAAAGCUGAUGGCAGGAUUAGUUCAAAUGGUGUCGAAUUGGUAAAAGGAGAUACUCCUGUGACAAAAGGGAAUAUUAUGUUUGUGACUGAAGUGCUCUUCGUUGACGAUGCUGUUGUAGGCAAAUUGCACGAAGAACACCGAGACAAAGAAACUCCACCACUUCUCGCUUUCCCUUGGUUUGGUUCUCAAUUUUUGAGUCAUACAUUUUUAUCGAUCGAGUCAAUGAAAGGUUUCUCUCAUAUAACAAGGUUUUUGAAUGUUGCUGAUCUUGUUCCUUAUAUCCCUGGAGCCGGAUACACAUUUUUUGUUCCGACAGAUGAAGCAUUCAAAAAACUUGGCCUUGAAAAUGCACCUGAUAAUUUACUGUCGAACAAAGAAGGAUUACAAGUUUUAUUGAGCCAUUUUGUGAAAGGAAGACUGUAUGAUAGAGAUAUUGUAGAUAAUACUACUCUUACAUCUUUGUCCAAUCGAACUCUUCACAUAACUAGGCGUAAAGGUACAAAUGGUACAGUUGAAGGAGCCAACAUAAUCGAAAAAGAAGUUUUUGUCUACAACCUCGGCACCAUGUUUUACAUCGAUAAUGUCAUUUUUGGAGAAGAAAUUCCAAAGCCACCUCCCAAACCGACAACGACCACCGAAGCCCCUGAAAUCACGACCAUGGAAGGGGAACAAACGACAAAAGACACAGAACUGACAGUCGAGUCAGGUACAUAUCCAGACAUACUCUUUGUCGAUUUAACCACAACAGUUAGCACAACCUUAGAAUCCAACGAACCAACAACAGGUCUUCCUGCUUAACCUUUCGGAGAAUCAAAGGAAGAAUCCUAAGAUUAAAAGAUGAUUAAAUUUCAGCAUGGUUAAGCUACAAAAAUAAUUAUAUCAACUUGGAUUUUAUAUCAUAAGUCCAAUAUUAGACUCAGUUUUUUAAUUGUUAAAUGUAAAACAUAGCUUUUUUGUGGUUUCAAAUUGUUGUGCUAUUAUUCACAAUUCCAUUAUUAUGUAAUUGAAAUUUUAGAAUGUCAUAAAACCUGUUAAUAGAAUCCAAAAUCAAACAUAUGUGUAUAUAUAUAAUAUAGAGUAUUAAUUAUUUCUAAUGAAGAUGAUUCAUUAUUUUGUAAAUAGGUACAAAAAUGUGUUAAGUUAUUACUAUCUAAAAAGUGUAAAAAAAAUUUUAAAAUAAAAAUUUAAUUAAAAAAUAUGACCUCGGAGUCAUUUUUAUCAAUAUAUUUGUGAUAAAUUACUAUAGAUGUUGUUAAUUUGUUUUUAUACAUUGAUUAUGAUUGUUCCCACCAAAAGAAAAAGUGUAUUAGUUUGUGAGUGAAUGUAUGCAGGACUUAUUUUUUAAAUAUAACAAUACAAACUUAG